AUGAUUUUGGAUGCUUGUCGCACUGAUAAAGACAAUGAUGCUUGGGAAAUGAAAACUGCCAAUGAAGAUGAAUGCCGCAUACCAGCAUUUGGCAAAGCAUUAACAGCAAAUAGUCGUACACAAACUAAAUUACAAUUUGUUUUAAUAUUCUCAUAUGAUCCCGGUACAGUAUCCUUUGUUGGUGAUUCUGCAAUGGGUACAAAUAGUUUAUUUAUAUCCGCACUGUUAAAUCAUCUGUCAAAACCAAAUUUACGACUUGAAGAUAUGAUGCUGCAAAUUACACAAGAAGUAUUAGGAAAAUCUACGAUGAUACAACGGCCAUGGCUCCACACAUGUCUAACGGAACCAUUUUAUUUCAAUAAAGAACCACAAGCCACCGCGCCAAACAAUUCACGAUAUUCCGACAAGGAAUUCGUUUACGAGGGAUGUGCUUGUGGUAGAUGUGACCUUUUUCGUGAUUGGCAUUGGUAUCCUGAUAGUAUGAGGAAGCAUUAUACAAACCGUAGUAAUGCAAGUUGUACUGGUAGUGAAUAUGUUGAUCCUUAUGUUGACGAGGAUGGCGCGCCUGGGGAUUCCUAUCGUCAUCGUGCCUACAUUGAGGAUGAUGAUUAUGAUAAUCUUGAUCUUGAUUGUGAUUGCAUAGAUAUUGAUGGUGUAUAUCAUACUGGCCUUACUGUUGAUGAAUAUGGUGAUUUGUGUGAAUGUCAUAGUAAUAAAUAG